AUGCUGAGAAACUUGUUUGGAUUGAACUUGAGAGGACCUGCAUUGGUUUCCAGGAGUUUUCACUGUUCUCCAAGACGUCUACAAGACCCUAUAUUCGACCCAACGCAGCUAAAUCCCAUCAGGCUUAAGGAUUCCAAUCCAAAGAAUCAGGAACCAUUGAUUAAUUUGAAGCCUAGAGGAUUCCAAGACAAAUCUUUAUCCCAGAGCCGUGUUGCUGCUUUUGACUUACAACCAAAGGAUGAUGCACUAAGUUCAAGACUUACAGGUGUUACUGCAGGAAGAACUGUUGACGUAUACAACAAUGAUACUGCAGCUGCUUGCAGACAAUUAAAUUCUGUGAUGCUCUCCAACAAAAUCCCACAAACGAAGAAGGCUCAGAGGUUCUAUUUGAAACCGGGCAAGGUUGCAGAGAUCAAGAGGUCACAGAGACACAGAAGAGACUUCAUGAAAGGUUUCAAAAGACUUAUUGAAGUCGUCAAGGAUGCUAAACGUAAGGGAUAUUAG